CGGAAGAGAUCCUCAAUUUUUUGGCUGUAGUUUACCCAAUAGGGAGCAGCGGCUUCUGAAGUGUUUGUGUGCGCCGUCUCUCAGGGGAAGCAGUGUAACCACCGCCCAAGAGCCACUGUUCGUGAUACUACAAUUAUAUGGUAAAUUCAAAGAAAGGAGUGAAAAAACGUUCGAGUGUUUCUUAAUAACAGCUUACAUACAGAAGAAGUUGUAUUACCUCGUUGUUCGAAGUGCAAAGAUUCCCAAGUGUGUGCUACAAUCGAGCAGAAAACACAAACGCUGUGAGUUUUUGCUUUAUUUAGUCCAGACAUCCAUACAUCUGCAGAUAGUUUCGUAUAUACGACAGCGGAAAAUCUGGAGUUGCAAGCCCGUUCCGAGCCAGCGACUCGAGAAAAGAAGGUAACCGGGCCCUUCCUUGCCUGAGCUAUCAUCACCAACAUUACCACCACCAGUAAAAACAACAAUAACGACAAUACAUCAUUCGGGUCGGGUAGUUGACUGCAUCAGCACUGCCAGCAUAGCAUAGGGAGGAGGCAGCAUAAAAAGCCACAGCUGCACGGAUAGCGAUUUGGUGAACGGAGCAGAACAAGUUGUGGAAUCUUCUGUUUUGUUGCUUCUACCAUCAUCGCGCAUCGCCAAGGUGCGAUCUUGUUGGCCGGGUUCGCUUUCCUGCAGUCUUCUAAAGACCGGCCAACUUUGGCUUUGGUGACCGGUUGUUGUUGUUGUUGUUGGCAGCAAGCGGCGAAGGAGCGUUCAAGUGUGCGGUUCUGAGGUUGUAAAAUGUAGCUGAACCGCUCGAGGCUAUGGAGCAGAAUAUAUUUGACGUCGCCGAUGACACUUCAUUCCCCUGGUUGCCGGCGUACGCCGAUGCGACCGAAUCGAGCUCGCUGGCGGUCAACUCAAGCCGAAUGCUGGAAACCAUCGUAGAGGAAACCUCGGACGACGAUGAUGGACGGGGACAGGCAUCCUUGGAGCAGCAGGGCUGGUUCCAGUUCGAUCAGGUGUGGAGCUCAGCCGAUUCGGAUACCGGAUCGGUGAUACGCGUCGAUACACCCUCAGACCAAGACACAAUGUCCGAACGUGACUUCAUCUGUCCACCGAAGCGUAGGAAGCAGGACUAUGGCUUCGAUGGAACAGACUAUGUCAACGGGGGUAGCGAGCUGGUGGCGAAUGGGUACGGCGGCACGCAGAGGAGGACACGAAUCUACGACCCGGACGGGCAGGAGGUUAACGAGUAUUUUAUGAGGCGACCCAAUGAGCAAAGAUUGCGUUUCGAUGAAAUUGGGCACGAUCUGUUUACGGAUUCCGAUAGUUUGUCGUACGCGUCGUUGAGCCGAUCCUCGUCGUUAAUCCAGUUCGAGUCGUUGGAGCGACAGUUGCAGAAUGAAUCGGUAGCCGUAGCUUCGGCGCCGCUGUCUGGAUCGUCGCCAUCGCUUUAUUCAUCGGGACUGGUUUCCGAUACGGUGGCUGGUGCUGCCGCUGCCAGUGGAACUGCCGGCAGCGAGAACCUUCGGAUUUCGAACGUGGGCGCCGAAACGCUUGGAUUCUACUCGGGCAGUCCCACCAAGAAAAGCAACAAUUUACUAACUGCGUCAAAUUUGAUUCAACAGUGUAAGCUGAAGGCAGGUAAUGGCGGUGAGGUUAGUAGUGGCAAACAACCGGUGCUGAAUAUAAGUGAUUCUGAGCUGUACUCCUCGAGUGUGAGCAGUAGUGGUAGCAGCAGUGGUGGUGGCAGUAGUUGUAAUUACGCCAGUGACGAGUGUGAUUUGAACCACGAGAACACACCGAGUCCUAGUGAGUCCCAGGUAGCGAAAAGUUCCUCCGAUGAGGCGGACGGCAUUGUGCGGUGUCCUCUGCGGUGUUCCGAUCGGCGUAAAUCGCUAAAUCAGCUUCGAACGAAGAACUCGAUCGAGAGUCUCAGUGAGGAUAGUGGAUACUGCGAUCACCUGCAUUUCAAUAUGAAUAAUUUACGGGUCAAAUCGAAGAGUCUGACGAACUUUGGCUCGGCAGAAAACGUAAACAUGUUUAUGGACCCGGUGCCGUUGGAUUACUACGAACAGCGUCAUGUUUCUUUUCACCAGGAUAACCGUCUUUCGACGGUGUGUGAUGUGGACGAGGAGGAGGAACAGGAACAGUGUGAGGAGCAUGAGCGUGAGGGGCACCGCAUGGCGCAGUGCAACAGCGAAGAAAGUCUACCCAAUAAGUAUGAGCUCAACAAGCCAGAACAACAUUGGUAUACUGCAAACGCAAAAACCAAUAUUCAUAAUUGUACAAAAAUAGAAUUAGACUCAAGUAAACAUUCGCGCACGCCCGGCUUCGAGGGACAAACGCCGUUCGUCGUUGCAAGCAAAGUAAUGCCGCCGCCAUCGCCAUCAUUAACGUCGUCGUCGUCGUCGUCUUCGCCUGUGUCGUCCCAGAGUGGAUCCUCCGACUCACUUGAGAGGCAUCCGAUGGCAGUGGCGACGAUCGCGACGACUCUGGAUCGUCACCACCGUGCCGAACCGAAACCUAAAAAUAGCCAUCGUCGUCCGUCACAGAAGGAUGAUAUAGAACAGCUUUCCUGUUCGCGUAAACGGCCUCGGCCGCAGCAACACCGUCGGAGAACCAUCAUUUCGGCCAGUUCGCCCGAUCUGUUUGCCAGUGAUCAACGUCGCGGUGCAGCAGUGACACGUAUUCGCAGCCGGAAGCAAAGCCAACGGCGGAGGGUUAGUGAGUUCCUGGAGUAUGGUGGCGUCAAUUUUUCCAUCUCCAGCGUACCGGAUUGUCUGAAUCUUUGCGGAAACGCUGCAGGCCAGUCUGACUUUCGGUGCGAUCAGUCCGAAUCGUUGAAUUCGUUCGAAUUAAGCGAGUCGGCACCCAGCUCCGGUAACUAUUGUUCGUGGAAUUUGCAACCGGACUCGGCAGCUUGUAAAAAUUUUGAUCUGUACGACUGUAAAGAAGAAGUGUUAGUGCCUACGGUGGUUAAGAGUGUGAAGACUGUAACUUUCCAAACCGCGGCUAAACCGCGGAUUGACAUACGGGCCAGUUAUGCGAAUUUGACGGUGCUGGACUACAGUGAUGACGAAAACAGUAAGCCGUACUUUUUGAAUAGGAACACAUUCAAAACAAGUAGCGGAACACGGCUGGGUGGUGUGCGCGAAAUGGCAGGAUCGUCGUGGGAGGCAAAGAAAAUUUUCAAUGAAGACGAAGAAGAGGAACGCAUUUUCUCUGUGGAUAAAGAUGAGAAAAACGUGUUUAACUCACUGCUGGAUGAAAUUUCCGCUCAUUUCGACCGAAAUCUGUCAAUCAUCAAUGAUCAAGCGGAAACAUACGAACCGAUCGCGGCAUUUUUGCACGAACAGCGAGGAGCGCCGCAGGUCUCGUCGUUUAAAGCGCUUGCGGCGGUACCGCCCCAACCGCCACCAAGGCGAACGCAAAUUAAAACAAAUCCCCACCACUCGCAGGGACCGAUUGCGACACCCAAACCGCCAGAGGUGCGGAUACGUACCUUCGAUCAGGAUCCAACCAACUUAGUCACCUGUUACGCAGCCAGUUUGGAACGUUGCACGUUCGAUCCGACCGAAUCCACCCUCAACUUGCAUAACAAUGCAGUCAACAAGUCAAGUGAAUUAAUUAAUAAUUAUUCUACCACCCGACACGCGCCUGUGGUAGUAGCGAAGCGUGAGUUCGUGUCGAGCACACCCAAUCUCAACUACUACCAUGCAGGCGGUUGCGGCGACGGCGAUGACGGAGGCCUCAACAUUCAUCACAAUUCGCUGAAGAAUGUUUCUUGUUUGGAAAUCGGUGGCGGAGAGCUGGCCUCUAGAAGCACUGGAAUCCUUACGACUGCCUCCAGCUCGAAAUGUGGCCUUUCGAAGGGGGUCAGUUUUUGUCCGAUUGUGUCGGAAAUCAUCUGGAAAGAUAACAGCUCCGAACUGGAACCGGACGACACGGCAAGUAUCAUAUCCAAUCAAGACUUUGAAAUCGAUAUCGACGACGAUGAUUUCGAGCAGGACGACUACGACCAUGCGAACUUGAUCGCAACCCAAACAAACACUUUGAUUAAUGCCAACAGUGUGGAAACGGGCCUGUGUGAGCUCAUAAAUAAAGCUGAUUCAUCAUCGAUCAAUUAUCAUCACACCAACACUGACGAUCAUCAUCACAAUCAGCACCGUCCGCUCGAAGCACCAUCCGCCCAACAGUUCCAACGAGCACCGACGCCGGCUCCGUUCGAGAAUGAUCACACCCUGGUCGGCUUUGGUGACGUCAUGAUUGAUGAUUCUCUCUCGCCGGAGAGUAACACAGGCGAUCAUCAUCCGAGAGAGUCCAAAAAGCGAGACAACGAUAUGCUCAACUCUGGUGGUGCUGUAAACAACGACACAAGCGGCGGCAGCAGCAAAAAAGCGAAACAUGCAGCGCUGCAACCGGACAAAAGCGGCGAGCUCGUCAGUACGAAAGUGAUCGUUGCCGAGCGAGGUAUCCCGACGAUGGCGUCCACGAUCGGACCGAAUGGUGUUGACGCUAGUAGAAACCUGAUCGCCGCGGAAUCAACCCUCCCACCGAAUCCCCCGGUUGCAGUGGAUGAAAACCAACCGGCGCAGCCGGCACCGAAAUUUGUGAACAACAACAACAAUCUGAUUAAAAACUUCAAAAACGGUAAAGCGGAAAAGAAAGGAAAAACCUUCCUAUCGCGACUGUCGUCCGGUUUUCGAUUUUCGUUCCGUGGUAAAUCGAAGAAGAACAAAGAUGGUGUCAGUGGGUCAUCGAAUGGAAAGGUCGGCAGCACUGCUGCCGCGGGAGCGAAUGAUAAACUGUCCUCUCCGGCCGGGAAAGUGAAAGAGUCCUCCGGUAUCGAUAAAGUGUCGGCCGAUUUCAUUUAUAUUCCUCUGAAAGACCCGGCUGUGCUGCAAUCUCGCGAAGAGCAUUCUACCGAUAACAGUGUCAGUGUUGCCAGUGAAGUUAUGGACGAAGAAGAGUACUAUUUACGUGCAAUGAAUACGGUUGGUUUGCAGGAUAACGGGGAAGAUCAGCUGGACGAUGCCAGCAUGUCGGUGGCUUCUAAUUCGACAUCAAUUUUGAACACAAGUUUUGCCAGCAGCCCUGUUACGCCGAGUGGUGGUGGCGGACAACGAAACCACGUGUUGAGCGGGAAGCCACCCUUGCCGAAGCAACCCCCACGCGUCGUUGGUGUGUGUACGAAACGAUCUACCCCAACUGGAGUGCGCUAUGCGCAUGCUUCGCAACGAGCCUCAUCGACACCGCCGAGGACGGAAAUCGAUCUGGACGAAAGCCACGGCAGUGGUGGCUUCUACCGUCAGUACACAAACGGUGCUGAUACGGUUAACGGUACGGAAGGAGCAACCGGAAUAUCUCCUUCUUGGUCCGCGGUCGGUGCUCGGUACAAUAGCAACAGCAACAACAACAACAGUAGUGCAGGUAGAUCCAGUUACCAGCCACAGUCAGCAGUAGGUGCUGGUGACAACAGCAAUUAUUUCAACCACAUUAUGGGCAGUGAGCAAAAAAUUGGUCUCAUCGAGACAAACCUGGAUACCCAUGAGACAGUAAUCUCGGGCAAGACACGUUCACUGAUGGAACUUGGCGGUCCAUCGUCCCACAUGCACCAUCAUCAUCACCACACAGCCCAUCAUCAGCUGCAGGUGCAUCAUGGCAUCGGUGGUGGUGGCGGCGGCGGUGGCGGAGGUGGUGGUUUCGGCGGCGGGGGCGUUGCCGGCGACGACGGCGGCGUCGUGAUAGGCGUUGGCGAUGGCGGUUCCAAGCGGCUGGUCGGUGUUAAUGGGAUUAAAGACCGCCAGACAACAGCCAUUGCCAAUGAACCCGGAAGGCCGCACAAGAGUAUGGAGUUUCUACUGGAUAAAGAAAAUCAGCGAAACGUUUUGCCACCGGAAAACGAGCUCCAGAAAUCACACGAAACCGGUACGAACCUAAGCGAACACCAGCUGCGAGUGCAGGCCUCUCUCCAGCGACUGAAUAUCCCGGACUGGUACAAACAGUACUCCGGCCGUGACGGUGCCAAUGUUUCCGGGCUGGCCAACAACAGCGCUGUUGCCGGUGCGACGGCAGCAGCCAGCGGUGUCCUGCGGAAGCGCAACUCCGACGUCGGACGAUGGACCGGACUGAGUUCGAAAACCACCUCGCUUAGCUCGCUCGGAUCGCAUCGAUCCGAUCGGAGCCCGGUGAUGCUGAGCCCGUCGGCCCACAGCCACCACGGAGGCCAGACCGGGUUCUCGCGGUGGUCCACUUCGCACCUCAACUCGAACCAAACGUCACCGAGCGUGUCCACACGAGGGUCCUUCACGCGGGGCGGACUGAACUCCAGUGUCGUCUCCGGGUAUUCGACGGCUUCCACGACGGUCGGCGCAACGAACAGUGCAAUCCGCAACUCAUUCCGGCAACCGUACCUGGGCUGGAGGAGCCAGGAGAAACUUUCACAGCCACGGACGCCCGCCGAAAGGUUGGCCUCGUCCCUACUGUCCCAGCAGAAAGCCAAGGAGCAGCAACAGCGGCAGCAGAACCAGCAGAAGGUAGAACCCGUAGUAACACCGGAGAUCCAGUCAUCCAUCAAAGAGGUCACCUCGGCGAUAGUACAUUAUGUGAACGACCAAACCAACCGGCAUUCGCGCAGUAGAUCCACUAGUCCAAGCCAAAGAUGUUGGCUAGAAAGCUCAUUCGUUGGUACCAGACCGCUGGAUUCGCCGCAAACGCCAAUGAUCGAUGGAACUGACAGUGCGGCGGCGGCCCCGACGGCAGCGGUCCAGAUGGCCGGUGACCACUACCGGUACAAUGCCGGACGGAUGAAUGGCGUCGGUGAGUCAACACUAAUCUAAUCUGCUUCUACACAAACUAGCGACAUUCUCUCUGUUGGAUCGUUUCUUCGUUUUGAAGCUUUGAGUUAGGUUUCGUUCUACUAUUUUUUUUAAUCGAGCUAAACAAGCACAUACUACUACUACUCUCUUGUUGUUAUAAUAUUUAGACCAUGGUUUCAUCAGUUCAGUUUUUGAGUUUUUUGUACGAAUUUUCCGUAUCAUUGUUUUUUGGUAGCUAGAAUGAGAGAGCUUUCAGAUGAUUAAUAUUUUUCUGUCUAGUUUAGGUUUAGUUUUUUUUCUCUUCGGUAAACAUUUUAGUUCCAGAAUAAGUUUUGUUAAGCUUUUUGGAUCAGUCACAGCUUUGAUCGAGCAAAGAAAAAAAAAACUUACCCGUAUGCGAUUUGUUCGCAUCAAUGCCAAUUCCAAAUCUGUUGUAACGAUACUUUUGUUGAAAGCGAACUUUGCUGCAAAUUUUCGAAAAACCAUACGAAGUUUGCGUUACGAAUGCAUUUCAGAUUAUUGACUAAAAGCGAUAGGGAUCACACGUAUACACACAAACACACACUCACUUUGACAUGUGAAAAUUGUAAUGAAAUGAUAUUUUGUAUAGAUGUUAAUGUUAGAUUUAGAUUUACGAGAACUGUUGUUCUUGGUCAGAUUAUGAACCCAUUUUUUAACAACCUUGAAUCAUCCACAAAUAUUAGCUGACGAAACAGCAGCAGAGAAAAUAUUAUUUGACUUCGCCGGAGAAUAUACCAAAAGGAAACGUCCCCCUACCACAUUGAUUGCCGAGCCGUGCUUUCUUGUUUUCCGCAAAUAAUCAUUUUCCGAUUUCCGCAUCAUACUACUAAUCACCUCCUCUUAUUUAAACAAGCAAUUAAAUUAAGGAGCGUUUUGAUUUGUUGUAACAAAAAUCCGCAAAGCUAACCACAGCACAACGAUGAUGGUAGCCAAUACACCGGGAAGUGAUUAUAUUGCCCUGCUACACUCCCUCCCAUUUGGGUUAGUUGAGUUUGCAACCACCAUUGGGAAUUGAGCACUCGUUCCGACCCUACGCUAUUGGCCAGUAGAUGGCUUGCGAGAAUAGCAACGGAGUGUGUCUAAGCUAGUCGAAUCAGACGAGUUCUCAAGCUUUCCUCAACCGCGCGUGAAAAUCGAAGAAGAAGGUUUUCCUUGUUCAUUUCACUCAUUGAUUGUAUGGUAAAAAUAUAUUACCUCAAAAUGUGCUAGAAACCAACCAUCGGUGCCUUACCUUAUUCGACUUUAGCCUUAUCAUAGAACGGUGCUCUUACGGAAAGCAGGCACAGAACACGAAGUCAAAUUACAAAGUAUUUGUGGAUGAGUUAAAAAAGAAAAACACGAACAAGUUUCCAAGAGACAAUCGACUUUCUAAUUGAUAGCGAAAACAGCAAAUGUAAACGAUCGAGCCAAUAUUUUUUUUAAACAAUUAUAUAUAAACAAACUGAUAUAGAGAAGCAAGAAGCAAGGGAACCAUGUUAACCUGUAAAGUUUUAGAAAACCUGUAGAGAUUCUAAUUAUAAUCGUAGGUAGUAGACUGUUUUAUUAUCAGUAGUACCCCUAUUAGUGAUGUGAAUAAAGGAACGUUUCCAGCUGUACUACGGUUUGCUUGAAUUGAAGCACUGAAAUAAAAGAAACGAACAUUUAUAGGCAAAAAUUGGGCGUGAUGGUAGAACACAAGUGCUUGUUUUGAUAGAGUAGAGCAAUGAAUCUGUAGAUUCAUAGAAGCAAUCUUCUCCUUGGUCCUGUUGCCGAGUUUGCCUUAUUUUAUCAGUUUGCUUCGUUUGCAUGAGCUAGAACGUGUAGUACCUAGAGGAGUCCCAGCCCAGUAUGUAAUUGGCCGACUCGCGAUGUCUGUUUGGUAGAAGCGAGUUAACAUCAUGCGAUGUAGACGUGGAAAUUUAGUGAUCGAAAGCAAACACAAACAAACAAAAUUCUGUGUAGUUUUGUUCUGUACAGAAAAAAUGAGACAGAAGCCAAUGUUUCCAUCAUCUAAGCUACUACAAUCAUCCGUAUUAUUGUUUGCAAUAUUUUUUCUUUUUUCCUACUUUCGUAUUAUAUUAAUCAAAACAAAACUGUAAUAACUUUACUACUUUACGCUAUUAUUUUAAGUUUUAAAUAUGUAAUUACGCAAGACAAAUCAGUUAUGCUAUUAUUUAAACGAUCAUUGUAAUUAAAAUAAGUAUUAUUAUUUAAAUAAAA